GUAGUUCAAGCACGUUUUGACGGGUGGAUUGUAGGUUCUGUUGCCAGCAGGACAGAACCAGGAUGCAUGUGGAGUGUCAGCAAAGGCUUUCCUGUCAAGCUGCAAUACAAAUUUGUUAUUCUCCAAGUGGGGUUUCUUUCCAGAGAAACUGUAUCUUCAUUUCUGUAUGAAUGUUCCAAGUUUAUUGCAUUUUACAUUCUUACUGAGAGAAGCACGUACAGCAUCUUGGAGGCCAUGGAUUUUGAGGAAGCAGCAGUUUUCCCUGCUCAGAAUGCCCUUGUUUCAGGCAGCAGGAAAGAAGAACUCUCUCAAUCUCCUUGGACUAACUGAGGCAGAAUUAGAAGAACAGUUUGUAAGAGGUGAUGGCCCAGGAGGUCAAGCCACUAACAAGACGAGCAACUGUGUUGUCCUGAAGCAUAUUCCAUCUGGGAUUGUAGUGAAGUGUCAUCAAACAAGAUCAGUGGAGCAGAACCGAAAGAUAGCCAGAAAAAUCCUCCAGGAAAAAGUUGACCUCUUCUACAAAGGUGAAGAUAGCGAUGUUUUUAAAGAGAAGAAAGCAGCAGAGAAGAAGAAGCAAGAGAAAAAAAGAAGAGCAAAGGAAAACCUAGAGAGGAAAAAGCAGUUUAAAGAGAUGCUACAAUUGGAUAGCAAAUAAACAUGAAGAACCGCCUGGCUCUGGUAGGUUUUCGGACAGAACUCUCACAGGCUGCCACUGCGUUCUGACUUCCAAUGAUGAAGAAAGAGAGCUUCGAGAACCAAAGCUGUUAUAUGUAUUUUGAAAGCAAGGUACGCUACUAGCAGCUGUACCUCCUGCUUAGAUCGACCGCAUCAAGGGAAACUCUCCAGCAAUCCAUAGGAUUCUUGUUCCCUUGUCCUGAAUUUGAGCCUCCUGCAUGAAGGUUAAAUCUUCGCUUCUCGUACAUUGCGUAUGGAGCUGAUUAAAGUGACUCUAAAUACUUUUAAUACAAAUUGUUAAUGAAAAUAAGCUUUAUUACAUCAAGUAAUAAAUACAUACAAAGAUGCAAA